UCAGUUGGGAAGAUGUCGAGUCCCACAAAACAUAUAGGUUUUAGGAGGUGUUUUGCUCUCUCUGUGAUGAUUGUCACAAAUUUUAGGAACAAUUCCUCCCAGCUGACAUUACUCCCCACCAAAUUGCACCUGAUUUCUGUAGCACACAGAGGAUUUACUGACCGCAGAGCGGGCCCGGUGUUUUGUUCCAGACCUUUGAGAAGUGAUGCACAAUGAAUGCUGAUUAUCACUCCAGAGAAAUUAAGAAAUGCAGGUAGAGAUUCAUGGAACAGGACCAAAUAGUCUUCCUAUAGGGGCAUUGACACUAUACCGGUCUGUGAACAGAACUGUGAACCUCUGCAGAUAUAAACAUGAGGAGGAAGAGGAAGAGGAAGCUCCGUUUGCUCUCAGUGACCAGCAGUUUGGAUAUAAAGUACAAUAUCUCAUAUUCCAGAUGUUCCUUGUGGAGAUUAAUACAAAGUAUCAUAUAUCAAACCGAUACAUCUUCACACCUGAGUUGCUGAAUCAUAAACAAGAUUGCUAUAUUUUGUCAUUAGAGACCUUGUUUAAAUUUCACUCCCUGGUGUGGGUGUGACUUUUCUUAUGUAUGGCAAUUUAUUGUGUUAAAAUGUGGUACCAUGCAGGUGAAAGUUAAAAAUAAACCUAAUUUACAGUAUAGGCCUGCUCACAUAAUGCCUCCUCAUAUGUAGGCAGUAACUAUUAAUCCAAGUAUCUAUUUUUGUAUGUGUAAUUUGCCUCCACACUGGUUUGACAACAACGCCUUUGCAAGGUUGUUUUUCUAAUGCAGGAUUAAUGCCACAUGAUGUCAUGAAACCUCUGUUACGGAUUCAGGAGGCAGCUGUUGUAGGCCUACAAGCAGGCACGCAGAUGAAAUACUCUUACUGAAGUGGCAAACAAUUUAUCUGUAUGCUAAAUACUCACAAACCACUACAGCAUCAUCCCCGCAAUGUGUAAUGAAAUGAAAAGACAAGUAGUGGUUCUUAAGAAAAUGAUGCUCAAGGCAAAUAAGGCACAGACGCACUCAGAUCUGUAUCUGCAUAAUGAUGACUGGUACUGAGGUGAUUUUCCGUUAGAGGACGUUGGGAGCAGUGGUUUUGGCUCCUGUACGAUGGUUCCUAAAGGCGAGCACGCUCUGAGCCACGAGGGCUGUCCGUGGUGCUGAUGCUGCUGUUGUCGUGGCUGAAUGCCGCUGCAGCAUCUCGCCGCGCAGCCGCGUCUGCUCUGCUGCACACAACGUGCCCAGAAAAUGUUUCUAUGUAUCGGCAUGCGUCAGGGAGGAGGAGGAGGUGUAGCUCCAAGAGUUUGUGUGGCGGCGGCAGUCUUAAGGUUUGGGACUGCUGGCCGACGCAAAAAUACGAGACACAAGAGAAGCACGUGUAGUGGGUGGUCCUCAGCACACGGAUUUCACGUGGCUCUAGCGAGCGCCGAGCCCGAGCCGAGCCGCCACACAGCCAGUCCGGUGCCGCAACAGCAGUGGAAAACAUCAGCAUGGCUGUGGAGAUGGAGCCCGCGGACGUGAUCCGCCUGAUAAUGCAGUACCUGAAGGAGAACAACCUCUACCGAACACUGACCACGUUACAGGAGGAAACCACUGUCUCACUCAACACAGUGGAAAGUAUCGACAGUUUCAUUGCAGACAUCAAAAAUGGCCAUUGGGACUCCGUCCUGCUGGCGAUCGAGUCCCUCAAGUUGCCCGACAACACGCUUAUUGACCUUUACGAGCAGGUUGUGAUGGAGCUCAUUGAAAUGAGGGAGGUGGGAGCAGCACGUUCACUCCUCAGACAAACUGACCCAAUGAUCAUGCUGAAGCAGACCCAGCCAGAGAGGUACAUCCACUUGGACAACCUGCUAACGUGCUCCUACUUUGACCCGCGUGAGGCAUACCCGAAAGGCAGCAGCAAGGAGAAGCGGCGCAGGGCAAUAGCCGAGGCGCUGGUGAGGGAGGUCAGUGUGGUGCCCCCUUCUCGCCUCAUGGGGCUCUUGGAACAAGUUGGCUCAAUGAGAAUACAGCAGUUUGCGGGUCAUCUCUCCCCUGACAAGGCCAUCGACACAUGUGGCAACAAGGAGAGACAUGUCGAGAAAGAGAGCUUUCCCACGCAGCUGUACCGUCACAUUAAGUUUGGACGACGGUCACAUGUUGAAUGUGCCCGUUUCUCUCCUGAUGGCAAGUAUUUAAUCACUGGAUCAGUGGAUGGGUUCAUUGGAGUCUGGAACUUCAACACCGGUAAAAUUAGUAAGGAUUUAAAGUAUCAGGCUCAAGAUAGCUUCAUGAUGAUGGAUGAUGCUGUUCUGUGUAUGUGCUUCAGUCAGGACACAGAUCUACUGGCCACUGGAGCUCAGAAUGGAAAGAUAAAGGUGUGGAAGAUCCAGAGUGGUUUGUGCUUGCGCAGGUUUGAGCAUGCUCACAACAAAGGCGUGACCUGUCUGAGCUUCUCCAAGGACAACAACCAAAUCCUCAGUGCCUCCUUCGACCAGACCAUCAGGAUCCAUGAACUGAGGUCAGGCAAGACACUAAAGGAGUUAAAUGGCCAUUCAUCGUUUGUAAAUGAUGCGUCUUUCACUCAAGAUGGAUUUCACAUCAUUAGUGCUUCAUCUGAUGGCACUGUGAAGAUUUGGAACACCAAGAAUUGUGAAUGCAUCCACACUUUCAAAUCUCUGUCCCGGACAUCAGAGGUCCCCGUCAACAAUGUGAUUCCUCUACCACAAAGUCCAGAGCACUUUGUGGUCUGUAACCACUCCAACAUGGUGGUCGUCAUGAACAUGCACGGUCAAACUGUGAAGACCUUCAGCUCGGAUAGAAAGGAAGGAACAGACUUUGUGUGUUGCACCCUUUCGCCCCGCGGGGAGUGGAUUUACUGUGUGGGAGAAGACUUAGUGCUCUACUGCUUCAACUAUACGGCAGGAAGGCUGGAGAAAACGCUGACCGUUCACGAGAAAGAUGUAAUCGGCAUCGCCCACCACCCACAUAUGAAUCUGAUCGCCACAUACAGCGAGGAUGGCCUCCUAAGGCUGUGGAAACCUUAGACUGUCGCCUACAUCGAAAUAUGGAGGACCUAGAGAGCCUUACACAUAGUUAUAAAGCAUUUUGUUAACUCCUAUUUAAAAAAGAUGAGCUAACACUUUACAAAUGGAAACAGUUCUCUCUCCUCACUUCAAGGUCCCUUUAGUAGCUGUUCUGUAGCUUUUGAUCAUAUUACAAGACCUUCAUCAGCAGAUGGAGUUGGCCCAGUUGUCAUUAAAAUUGUAGCUGUUCAAAUUUCAAUUUUUCCCCAGAAAGUACAGUUGAGGAAUUGGUUGGUGGGGAUCAGCUUAGGGGUUUGUAGGUCACAAAACAAAGUGUUGAACACAUUGGAACGUGACUUCAUGAAGGCGUUAGAUGAAAAGUCAGGGGAUCACCAAAGUUAAUACACUUCAUUUCAACAGAACCAUGAAUUUCUGUACCAAAUUUCAUGAAAGUUAAUUGCACUUAAAUCCAAAUGAACCAUGGUAAUUUCUGCUAAUCAUUUCAAAGUAUCAAGUUCUGGUGAUAACAAAAUGAGAACAUCUGUUUGUGGGUUAGAGGGAUUUUGCCACAUUGUAGGAAAGGCUGCAAAAUAACAGAGUUGUCAAAUUAAAAAGUUAAUAGGGGACUGUAAAUUAAAGUGGAAACUGGUAUAACAAUAAAAAGAAAAAAAAUAUUGUUAAACCAAUUUACAAACAUUCCUUUCUUUUUUAAUCUGCGUUAUUGAUUGAUUGAUUUGUAAGGUCUUUGCUUUAUAAGCUUUUGCAACACUAUCUAGGUCCUCCAUACUGUCCACACACUUCCUCAUGGAUCCAAAUUCAGCAGUGCAGUUUGAAUCCCCCAUUUUCAUCUCUUCUGUCUUUAGACAUGAAAAUGCAUGAUGGUGAACUGUCGUGAAAAUAUUUAUAAUAAUAAAAAAAUUUAAAAAAUGCCUCUUGUUUGGGCAUAAACAAACAAUAUCAGGUAUAUGAUUUGUCAGCUUUGGUUUAUAAUGAUACUUUUGUAACUUUGAUUCAAUUACACAGAUGUAAUGAUGUGUUUUGUCCUGUUCCCUGCAUGCUACCUCAGUACACUGUCUAAAUGUACAAUAAUUUUAGUACUUCUUAAAUAUGCAUGAUGUCUACAGAUAAACCUCAAUGGAGCUCCAGUGACACAUUCUGUAUCCUGUAUGUUUCUAUAAUUAAUGUAUUUAACGUUGUCACAUUACUGUCAUGUUGUUGCAUUGACUGUAACCAGUGUAUCUGUGCAUCAGUGGGACAUGUUCGCCAGCAAGAAACAGAGCUACUGACUUGACCGGUAAUUAUUAUUUGUACUAUCUGACACUAUCGUCUUUCUGUGAUAUCAACCCUCUGUCAUUGUUGCACAAUAACGAUUAGUCAUUACACUCUAUUUUGUAUAUGAUGUUGUAUAUAACACUGCCAGCCACUGUCAAGAUGAUUAUCAAUAAAAUUCAAAAACUUUUACAGUCGCCAGUGUUUAUGUGCCACUUUAAAAAUAACUUUCACUUGUUAUUUAAAUGACAAAGUUAUAAUUUGGUUGUAGUUCCAAAAAAAAACAGAUUUAGAGACAUAUGAAAUCAAUUUGGAAAUGAAUUGAAAAAAAAGUAUUAAGAAAAUCAAUAAUAUCAUGUAAUAAAAUAAAAUGUAGAUUGAUUAUAAAGUGCAGACUGUUAAAAUAAGAGUUAAUAAGAGACAAAAAUAAUAGUUACUCUAAAAUUGUACAGAAGCAUUGUUGCAGUUUAAAGGUUUUUUGGUUUUACUUUAAAACUGUCAUCAGGAGAAAGUAAAACUGAAAGCUUCACACUGCAAUAA